GCAGAGGCAUCACUAGCAUUUCGACCAAAGAUUAUAUACUCGACGCCGCCAGUAUCACUACGAUUUUUCGCAGACGCACAAAAACAAGGCGUCAAGUUCACUUAUAGGUGCGUGUUCGACUUUAAUUGAUAUUGAAUCCACCAGAGCUGGGCAAUAAAAUACCAAAAGUGCGGAAAUAUUUAACGUUUGUGACAAUUUUUUUUUCAAAUAAAAUUUGUGUACAUGAGUGGGUAAAUUGUUUUGUGAAAAAAAAAUCAACAUCUAACAAAGCAUGUGGCAGUUAUUCUGUAACAAACUCUUGGGAUUUAUGAUUUUCUUCAAUUAUACAGAUCUGAUGUUGGUAAUUGGAGGUAUGGCAUCUUCCGCGUCUGGAUAUAACUCCCUUCCAGAGAGUGAGACUCUUUCUCCGCUACCAAUGGGAUCACUUGCUAUUCCACAAAACCGUUUCGAUCCCUACUUUGAUGCUCUGACUCCAAAUAAUGUAACAGCUCUUGUUGGAAAAUCAGCUUAUCUUAGUUGUAGAGUUAGAAAUUUGGGAAAUAAAACGGUAUCAUGGAUAAGACAUAGGGAUAUUCACAUCUUAACCGUCGGCAGCUAUACUUACACAAGCGAUCAAAGAUUUCAAGCUAAUCAUCAUCCAGAAACAGAUGACUGGACCCUGCAGAUUAAAUGGGCACAGAAAAGAGACGCUGGAACUUAUGAAUGCCAAAUAAGUACUCAGCCUGUGAAGAGUUAUUUUGUGAUACUAAACGUUGUUGUUCCUACUGCUCAAAUUUUGGGAGGACCAGAUUUACAUGUAGAUAAGGGCAGUACUAUCAAUUUAACUUGUUCUAUAAAAUUCAGCCCAGAGCCGCCCGCAUAUAUUUUUUGGUACCAUCACGAUGACGUUAUAAGUUAUGAUUCGAGCCGGGGUGGUGUGAGCGUGAUUACAGAGAAAGGUGAUAUAACUACAAGUUUCCUGCUAAUUCAACAUGCUGAUAUAUCGGAUUCUGGAAAAUAUUCUUGUAGUCCUUCAAAUGCAGACGUUGCAAGCGUUAGAGUACAUGUCUUGAACGGUGAACGACCAGCUGCCAUGCAGACCGGCUCGGCGGGAUUAUCUAACAGUUCUUUAAACAUAUUCGCGUUGAUUAUAGUUUCCUACAUUUAUACAUCUUGUUACUUCAACAACUUUGAUUCAAAUAAUACAAGUUGGAGGUAGCUAUAUUUUAAAGUCUAAGUUGUAAA